CUUCCCACACCCCACACAGGGCCAAACCCCACCGCAAUUCUCCCACCAUAAUCCUCCGGCUGGGAAUGGUGGGGGAGGACGAGAGAGGACAGGUUACAGGAGGCUAGAUAGGAGCGAGAAGGAGGGGAAGAGAACGGAUCUCGUCGGCAGACGGCGCUGCGGUCGCAUUCCAUUCCGUGCACCGUACAGCUCGGUCGAGAGCUGCUACUAUUUUCCUGGAUUCCGUUCGGUGUGCAUCGUUUCCGUUUCGUGUACCGUAUAUUUCGUAUCACGGAGAAGGAUCGAUCGACAACCAAAACGCGUAUAUAUACGCGAAACCGUGCCCCGGGACGCGCGAAAUAUAUCGCUUUCUUUUCCGUUUAUCCCGUCUGUGUCUCGUUUGAUCGUAGUUUCGUGCAGUGAUUGGCUUAACAAGUGCAAAACCAAAUGGUUGUUCUCGAGGAAGGCGGUAUGCUGACCACUGGACAUAAUCAAUAUUUACAACCGGAUUAUCUUUCUCCGCUUCCAACCACGUUGGAUGCGAAGAAGAGUCCUUUAGCUUUAUUGGCUCAAACAUGCAGUCAAAUAGGUGCCGAUUCUCCGACAAAGCCUUUGAUUUCCCCGCUGGAUAAAACGUCCAAAGGCAUGAAUACCGGUACGAAUGCGAAAUCUCCACCGGCCGCCAAGUUGGAACGGAGUACACGCAGCAGCCCGUCGGACGGGAAGUCGUUGGCGUUUAAACCUUACGAGACUAACGUCGUCUCGAAGAAGUCGUCCUCCGACGAGAGUAGACCUGCUUCCAAAGCGAGUGUUCACAGUGUCAGUGGUCAAGAGAGUUGUGGUGUGAGUGCGAGUGAUAACGGAAAUCACGCGGAGAAAAAGUCAUCGGGAAAUCGUACGCCCGUCGGUCGGAAGUCGGCCUCGCCCGCGAGUCAAGCGACGGCCACGGCGAGCACAACACCGUCCAUCGUCGAUCGCAAGACGCCGGCGGAUCGAGAGAAAACCGACGGAUCGCCCCGUAGCAACAACAACAACAACAAUAACAACAACAACAACAACAACAACAACAACAAUGGAACGAGCCCGAUCAUUAGAUCCGGUAUGGAGAUUCUUUCCGGUGGCCACGCCAAGGAUACCAAUUUGGCCGCGUACAAGCCCGGCACUCUCGCAGGAUUCUCGGGAAAUCCGUUGUGCUGUCCACCCGGAUUGGCGGAAAAUCCGGCUUUCAGACCGCCGUUCGCCGGCGCGUCGCCUUUCUCGCAUCAUCACGCCGCCGCGGCCGCCCUCCUCGGUUAUCCGUCGAGCACCCCCACGGGCGGAAAUCCGUAUCUGAGCUACGCCCGCGUGAAGACGCCCGCCGGUGGAGAGGCUUUGGUCCCGGUGUGCAAGGAUCCUUACUGCACCGGUUGCCAAUACAGUAUGCACAGCGCGCAAUUGAUGAUGGGCACAGGAAGCUGCCCGAGCGGAUGCACGCAAUGCGACCAUCAGAAAUACGGUCUCGCGAUGGCGUUGUCGUCGUUCGGCCCCAUGGCACCCCCGUCGCUCUCCUACCCGUCCACGUUGACCGGGGGCAGGCCGUACGUCUGCAAUUGGAUCGCUGGCGAUUCUUACUGCGGGAAACGGUUCACCACCUCGGAGGAACUUCUCCAACAUCUUCGCAGCCACACCAGUUUGACCGGUGGCGAUCACGCGUCCUCCUCGGCGGCCCUUCUCGCCAAUCCGCACCCGCAUCCUUUGCUCUCGCCGUCGGCAGCUCUCCACCGCGCGAGCGCCGCCGCCACUUAUCCGACGCCUUCGCUCAGCCCCCUCGGCGCUAGAUACCAUCCGUACGGGAAACCGCCGACGGGGCCUCUUCCAGCCUCGUUAGCCGCCUCGCCUUACAGCGCGUUCAACGCGCUUGGACCCUACUAUUCCCCGUACGCGAUCUACGGGCAGAGGAUCGGCGCCGCCGUACACCCUUGAAUCGUGGAUACCCGUGAAUCGUGUCGAACGUUCUCAGUGUACGGUCCAUCGUUGGUGUAAACGUAGCGCGAAUCCGACGAACAGAUGCGAUCACCGCUGCUCUUGUUGCUGUUGUGUAAAUAAUAAUUCGACGUGUAUCAUAGAAAUUUAUUUAAAGAGAUACCUAUGUGCAUACAUAUGUAUAUGUAUAUAUAUAUAUAUAUAUAUAUAUAUGUAUUACAUAUAUGUAUAUAUGUGUGUGCGUGCGUGUGCGUGCGCGUGCGUGUGCGUGUGUAUAAAUUCAAGAUUACAGAUUCGAGUUUCUAAAGAUAUCUCGCGUGACAGUUUUUUGACAGUUUCAUCGUGGAAAAUCAUCGUUGUUCGCGCAAAAAUCUAUAUCGACGUAUAUCUCCCGACGUUUUGAUCGUUACGUAGGAAAGAACAUGUACACCGGAUGAAACGUACCGAAAACGAGAGGAGGGAUGGCCUCCUAUAUUUGUCAUAUUGGCGCGUGUAACGCGUAUAUUUCGAUGUCCCUUUCGCGACGAUUUACGCCCUCGACGAAGAAGAGAACGUCGUCGAAAUUUUCCUUUUUUUUUUUUUUUUUCUCUCUUUUUCUUCUUCUUCUUCUUCUUCUUCUUCUUCUUCUUCUUCUUCUUCUCGCACCACGCAACGUUUCGUUCCUUAAUCUUAACGAGAGAGAAUUGUUGUUUCGCGAGAAUGGACACGAUGAAAAAUACUGCUAAUCAUCCCCGCUUUCUUCGACGAUAAAACGCGUUCGAUGUCGCGUGUCUUGAAACGGUCGUGCAUGUUCUGAUGUCCACAAUAUAACUGUGAUAUUACGCUAUUUUUUCGAGAGAGGAAAAAAAAAAAAAAUUAAUAGGAGAUAAAAUAUUAACGAUCGUAUCUAACGGUGUAUCUAUAAAGUGUAUCGUCUAACUUAUUCGUAUCGUUUGUACAAGUGGAAAGAGAUGGUCGAAAUGUGAUCGAAAAAACGAAACGCGUCAACGUCGUCGUUUCUUGGAUUUUUUUUUUUCUUUUUCCCAAUGCAACUGGUAUAAAGGGAAUACAUCUUUAACGAAAUCUUUUCAAUUUAUCUCGGAAAAUAAAAAUCGUGGGAUUUUGAUUCUUUCUUUUUUUUUCUUUUCUUUUUUUUUUUUUUUUUCUUUUUUAUUUUAAAAACUACUACUUUCCGAUCGAAGAAGGAACGUGAAUGUACGAUAAAAAGAACGCAUUAUUUGCACUGUAAAUAUCUCUUGUAAAUAUCGUUGAGUUUCCAUACCGCUUUAAUAAAAAUAAUGUUUGUGAAAUCAUUAAAUUUGUCUUUUCAUUGAUACUUUUACUACUGUCAAUUUUUCCCUUAAUACUUGUGUGAAACUCAAGGUCAAUAUUUUCUUUUUUUUUUUUUUUUUCUUUCUUUUUCUUUUUUUUUUCUCCCCUCCCCCGAUCAACAAAACUUUCUUCUCUUCCCUGUAUCUACUGUCUUCGUACGACGGAUAGAAAAUUAUUUUGCAUCCUCGCAAACCGUAGAACGGAAUUUUUUUUUUUUCGAAACGGUUUCCCCGUCUUCCAUCUCUUUUUUUCCCCCCCUCUUUUUCUCUUUCCUCGGUUUAAAAAAUCCGAAAUUUCUAGAAAUUUUUGAGCUUUCACUCGUAUCGUAUCGUGGUCGCGUACGUUGAGAGCGAGCGAGAGAGAGAGAGAGAGAGCGAGAGAAAGAGAGAGUAGAGGAGGAGGGAGGAGGGUGGCGGGAUAUCUAGGUUUCUGAUUCGCGCCACCAGGGUGCUCGAUCCCCGGGAUACCAUAGGAGAGGAGAGUAAAUUUAUUUCUUUCAUUACGGACGGAGCGAGUCGCGAGUUCUCGGGUAUCAGCGGCGCAAGGCGGAGCGCAUAAAUCCGCAGCCUAGCGUCGGGAAGCGUAGGGAGGAGGGGAGGGGACGGUGUGGGUGGUUUUCAGACCCCGCGGAGGAGGAGGAGGAGGCUCGUUCCACCCUCUUCGAGCGUCGUCGCUCCUCUCCGUGGCCGGGGUGGGAAACCUGGCUCCGCGAAAUAACUGAAAUAUUCGGUGAUUUUAACCGUCGGAAUGAAUAGUUCCCUCGUAUUUUCGCCUCACCCCCUCAGCGGAUUGGAAUUCGUGUUAUUUCGCCACCAUUAUCGUUGCAUCGUUGAAUCUCAAUUAGCGAGUGGUACUCGUCCGUUCCAAACUAGGGUAUUUUACACGACGAUCGAUCGAUCGAUGCCUCUCCCUUCCCCCUCUUUCUCGGUCAAAAGUCUGCCAACAAGUUCUUAGCUAUUUAAGGAAAUCGAUAUUAUCGAAUAUAUAUAUAAAUAUGAGAUAUACAAGAUAUUGUACAGAUAUUGUUGCGCGUAAAUAAAUGAAAUAAAUAUGGUUUCAUGACUUCGUAUGCGAGCAUAUGUAUAAUAAAGAGUAUAAAAUAGAGAAGCUUGCGGAAGCUAAUAAUCCAAUAGGUAAUUAUUUUUAUUUAUCAUAUGUAACUAGUAGUGGUUUAAGAGUUUAACUAAGAAGAAAAAAAAAAAAAAAAAUUUUCAACAAUUGGCCUAAUGAAUGAAAUGUUCAAGGCUGAAAAACUUAUGUAACGACGUAGAAAUGUAUUCAUAUAAAUUGUGCGAAUAAAUUGAAAGAAAAAAAAAAGAAAAAAAAAAA